AUGAUUGAUGGAAAUAGUGAUGAUGCUAAUCAUGGUAAUGGCUAUGGGGAUGAUGCUGAUGGUGGGGAUGAUGGUGAUAUCAAUGGUGAUGAGACUGAUGGAGAGGAUGGCUGCUGGAAUCUGAUAGCUGCACUCUCUGUCUUCCAGGCUUUGGGAACCACCACUGCAGUGCCUGUCACCGGUCCUCAGGUCAGCUCCCUGCAGAGGUUGGCCGGGCAAGGAGCAGCAGUGCUACCUCAGGUUAGGCCAAAGACUCUGAUUCCAGACAGCCUCCCUGUCACCCCGGGCAGGGACCGGCCACCCAAGCAGCCCCCAACAUUCCAAAAGGCCACUGUGGUCAGCAUCAAGAACCCCAGCCCAGCCCUCCCCACUGCCAACAACACCGUCAACCAUGUGCCAACACCCAGCAGCCAGGCCCAGGCCCUCACCGAGCCCACCGCCAUCACCUCACCCCUGAGCAGUGCCGGGGUGGCCUAUGCCAUCAUCUCCAGCUCCCCCAGCAAUGCUGCCACCAUCACCCCCAGCACCACCGUGCCCGUGGCCAGCGACAGCAUCAAAGUGCAGCCCCUCCUCAUCAGUGCUGACAAAAAGGUCAUCAUCAUUCAGCCUCAAGUGCAGACGCAGCCUGAGAGUUCAGCAGAGCCCCGGCCACCCACGGAGGAGCCACCUCAGGGAGCUCAGGCCACCAAGGAAGAUCAGCCCCCCAGCCAGGAGAAUCCUGAGAAAAUUGCCUUCAUGGUAGCUCUAGGCCUGGUCACAACAGAACAUCUGGAAGAAAUCCAGAGCAAGCGGCAGGAGCGGAAGAGGAGGAGCACGGCUAACCCCGCCUAUAGCGGCUUCUUGGAGACCGAGAGGAAGCGGCUGGCCUCCAGCUAUCUCCACAACCCCCUGUUCCUGACAACACGAGCCAAUGAGGACCCCUGCUGGAAGAAUGAAAUCACCCACGAUGAAUUCUGUGGUGCCUGCAAGCGAGGAGCCAACCUUCAGCCCUGUGGCACCUGUUCCGGGGCCUACCACCUCAGCUGCCUGGACCCGCCUCUUAAGACGGCACCCAAGGGCGUAUGGGUCUGCCCCAAGUGCCAGCGGAAGGCCUUAAAGAAAGAUGAAGGUGUGCCCUGGACUGGGAUGCUGGCCAUUGUGCACUCCUACGUCACCCACAAGACAGUGAAAGAGGAAGAGAAGCAGAAACUGCUGCAGCGGGGCAGCGAGCUCCAGACUGAGCACCAGCAGCUGGAGGAGCGGGACCGGCAGCUGGCCUCAGCAGUGAAGAAAUGCCUGGAGCUGAAGACAAGUCUCCUGGCCCGCCAAAGGGGCACACAGUCAUCGCUGGACCGCAUCCGGGCCCUGCUGAGACUGAUCCAGGGUGAGCAGAUGCUCCAGGUCACUAUGGCAACCACCAGCCCCACCCCGCUUCUGGUGGGGCCCUGGACCAAGCCUUCCACUACCACCAUGCGCACUGCCCUCCAGCACCCCCAGAGCCACAACUGACCCCAGGGACCUGAAUUACAACUCACGGAAAGUUACUGGGACCUUACUCUCAAGACCUGGGGGAUCUGUCGGCCUUAAUUCAUAAACUCUAUGAAUUUUAGACAAAAAUAAACUAGACAGAGUGACGGAGAGAAAAAGGAGUGAGCUGGGCAUCCCAGAACCAGAGCCAGAGCCAGAGCCAGCAUGAGGUAGAUACCUGUACCAGUUGCUAGGUCCACCUGAGGACCAGAUGAGGGUGUCUCAGCCCUCACCCCGGGCUGGCAUGGCCAGCUCUCUCAUUGCAUUGUCCCCCUCAGGAGAGGAAGACUUUAGGUUGUGGAGAAUGAAGCAGACUAGGCCAUGCACAGCCUGUGGGGAGGCAAGCAACAACAGCUAGCUGGUUAAUGGGAUGUCAGGGUGAGCCUCUGGUACGAGAGAGGAUAGCUAACCUAGGUAGUUCUCCAGUGGCCCUGGGGCUCCCUGUGACCCGCUGGCCCCUAAUCCAUCAGUAUUACUAUGUUGAAACUCAGUCAUUUAAUUAGACAAGUGACAGGCCAGCUUGGGCUGCCCAGCCUGGCCUCUGCCUCAUUCUUCCCUGGCUCACGCCCUUGCUGCAGCCCACUUCUUCCUAUUGCCAAUCUCUGGAAUGUUCCUUCUGGAGUUCUGGGUUAGACAGAGCAGUCACCCAUCAUGGGAGGGAGGCCCCUGGCAGGUUUCCCCUCAUAGUGGAAGCCUUUAGCGCACUCUCCAUGGCAGGAGCUGCCAAGCAUCCUGCCCACUUCUUGCCAGUUAAAGACACUAUGCCAAAAAGAGCUUCACACUUCUUGUAUAGCGUUUUCUGUUGUACGAUCCGUAAUGUGAACUCGCACCCCGUCUGCCUUCCUCUGCACCUGGUAGUCUCCGCUCCAAUACAGAAAUGAAGUAACCUCCCCAGAGAGGGGCCGGAUGGAGCACCCAGAAGGGAUCUAGAGAUCCAGCGGGGAGGCAGAGAGGGUGAUGCAUUUGGGGGCCUGACCUUUGGAGACUCCAGAGCCCUCCUCCUCAAUGCUGUCUCCUCGUUUGCAGGGAGUGCAGGUCCCUAAGCACCCUGGGGGUUCCUGCACCUCUGUGAGCCAUGCAGCCCACUUUGCAAGCCCCACCCCGUCCUGCGGGACACAGCACAACCCACAUGCGAUCAGGAGCCCCAGGGCUCCCCCGAGCAUAUCACAUGGUGCCGAAUUGCAGCGGGCACUCGUGCCCGCGCCAGGGCCACGGCCGCACACUUGUGCCCGCAGACACACGUGCAGAGUGGGAAGGCUGGCUGCGACCCCACCGCCAGCUACUGUCCCUCCUGUCAUUUUUCACGACUCCGGGAGAAACUGUGCUGUAGGAUACAAAUCUAUUUUAAUACAUGUUACACUGGGUUGAACAAGAUUUUUAUAUUCUUUUAUCGAUGAGCGGCGUGCGCCUAUAUAUUGGUUACGCAUUACCGUGCGGCUGGUGACGUAACUGUCUUCAGGUUCUUCUUUCGUUGGUUUGAUUUGCUUCUUGGAUGCAUUGAGUUUGAUUUUGUAAGAAACGUGGGAGGAUAUGGAAGUUGGACCCGGGAUGGGGAGCUGCUGACGUGUCUUGAGACUUAGUUUUUUUGGGGAGGGUACCAAGGAGGACCGUUCAGUGGAUAGUGGCUAGAGAAAGUGUUUGUCUUAAAUAUACCAGUGUAGUUUUUCCUUCCAUAUGAUGCAUUAAACCCAAUUUCAAA